AUGGGUUUUAAAACACAGGAGUUUAUGGAUGAGUUUGUCGGUAUAAUUCAAGCUGUUGGUGACAAUUUGUCAAAACUUUCUGAUUCAUUGAAGAAGGCGCAAGAAUUCUUCCCAGGAAAUGAGUUGGUAUCUAAAGUGGAAGAGUUCUUGUCAAAAAUGGCAAAAGAACCAUCAUUAAGCCAAGAUGAGUGGUCUGAUGACUUCAUUAAGGCUCUGUUGGAAAAAGAAAAAGAGUUGUUGGAUGCAAUUGAGCUGGAGAAAAACAAAGCAAAAAAGGAUAAGCAGAGAUAUGAGUAUGAUAUCAAGAAUGCAUUCGACUUGGGACUUUCACCAUCACCGAUAAUAGAUGAUGACAAGUUGAAACGUGAGAAAGCUGGUACAUCCACCUCUACGCCAAGUUUGUCACUUGAAGAAAUAGAUGAAUCUUUGGCUUCUGCUAUGCUGAAUCUAAAACAAAGAAGGGAGGAAGAGAAAAAAGAAAAUGAAAUUGCAAAAGCUAAGAAAAUGAUGCAAGCAGAAUCAGAAGUGAGUGAACCAGCUUCAGAAGAACCAAAAACAACAGUGGAGGAGAUUGUUGUACAAGAAGAGAAGAUUGUGAGCUCGGAUGAAGCUACAGUGGAGCCUGAGUUGCAUGUAUCAGAAAUGAUGCCUGUAACUAAUGUAAUUGAAGAGGAGCCUGCACCAGAAGUGAGAAAUGAAGAGGAUUCUGCACCACAAGUGAUUGAGAAGAAGGUUACACCAGAUGGGGUCGAGGAGCAGCCUGCAAAAAAUAAGACAAAUGAAAGUGCUGAACCACAAGUGCUUGAGAACACGGUUGCACAACAAAUGGUUGAGGAGCCAGCAGAACCUCAUACUCCUACACAGCCAAAUGAGAAAGGUGACAAAGGAAAAAGACCUCAAAGGAUUCACAAACUACCGGCUACCUUCUCUUCUCCAUAUUUGGUCAAGUAUCGAGACUUGUUCAAAAAUCUGGACACAAUGCAUCAAAGCCUAGCAGAUUAUGUCUUAAGUGGUCAGGACAACAGUGAGGUUCUUUAUUUUGAUGGAUACAACUACAUCAAUAGAGAGGACAUGAAAACACUGGUUGAUGAAGCGGAAGUGGUUGACUGUGUGAUUGAUUCAUGGUCAAAGUAUCUAAAUGCAAAGGGCCAUAAAGAUAAACUCUUCCUUUCAACAGUUCCAUAUGUAAGUAUAAUAAUUGAUGUUAUUUAA